CGCGCUUUGGUUAUAAGUGGCCUUGAUGGCUUGGUGAGUGAGGAUAUAGGCCGAUACCAGGUGUUAUAGUGUUUUCCCGGUACCUGCUGUAGUCACGUGAGUGACUCCAAUCCAUAACAGCCAAAACGAAACUUCCUGAUAGAAACCUUGACGAUUCUCUAUAGACCAUCCGGACGCGUCCGAAGCAGAUGUGCGUUAUUUGAGAAAGAUAAAAAAAGACCUAGAGGGCGCGCUCCUUGAAUACGUGCCUUUUCCUCUCUAACCGGAAAAUACCAAUUUUGUGAAUUGGAAACCUGAUCUUCCUAGUCGGUGAAUUAAAUUCAACCAUUGCUUGCAUAAUAAAUCUCUGUAUGCUUCAGGUGCUACUUUUGUAGCAGCAUCUUCCUCACUCGUUCAGAUAAACAAGACUUCUUGGUCUACCACGUGAUUGCUGUGAAGUCGAUCAUCCAGAAAGUACUAGAUACAAGGAUACACACGAGUAGCGUUGAGCAGCCUGACAGUAUGACUCAGUCUAACAGUGUCCCGUCACCACCUAAAAGAGAAAGGUAUGCGGCUAGCAACACUCAUCGUCAUCAUACGUUAUUGAAUAUGACUCAGAAAACGUCGAGUGAGCUCUUCAAAGAAAUCCUAUCACCAGAGAUUCUACUUGAAAAACUCCCAAAUGUGGUAGAAAAUGCUCCUGAACCAAAUUGUCCCUAUAAACCAACGUGUAGUAUUCGUGAAGAGUAUGGAAGACCUAUUUACGGUGUUGCCUUUAAUUCGGCCAAUCGGAGUCAACCAUCUGAUCCACUUUAUUUCGCUACAGUUUCUGGUCACUAUGUUACAGUGUACCAGUGUCACUUGAAAGACGUCGUUGAAGAUGCUUCAAGUGAGGAUUCUUCGAGACUGAAGCCUGUCAGUACAUUGCUGACUUUCGCUGAUCCAGCUGGUGAUGAGGAAGAGUUUUAUUGUUGUGCUUGGUCACAUGACGCAAGUGAGAGGUCUGUGUUUAACUCGUGGGGAGGUUGCAGUGAGAGUCGUCGACCUCGCCCGACUCCUCAUCAUCAUCAAGGUGUGAAUAAUUUUCGCGGUGGGUCGAUUAUUCCUCCGCACCAGCAGAUAAUCGCUGUGGCAGGGAAACGUGGUGUUAUCCGGAUUCUUUGCCCCAGCAUGCUAAGUUGUCUAGGUAGUCUCGUUGGCCAUGGAGGCUCUAUCAACGAACUGGAAUUUCAUCCGAAAGGUCUCUCCUUAUUGUUUUCCUUCAGUAAAGAUUACACUAUUCGUCUGUGGAAUGUUGCCACCAAUGUGUUAAUAUGUGUCUUUGGAGGGUCAGAAGGCCAUCGGGCUGAAGUGCUGCAUGGCGAUGUAUCCCUAUCUGGCAACCUCCUGUUGUCUGCAGGGAUGGAUCAUUAUAUAAAGAUAUGGCGACUUAACACCCCUGAGCUGGCGAAUAGCAUCAGGGAAUCUUUUAACUAUCGUCUUCAUACAAAUACAAGGCUGUUCCCUGUACUGGUACAACAAUUCCCGGAAUUCAGUUCUCGUGAUGUGCACGGUGAUUACGUGGAUUGUGCGCGUUGGUUUGGUAGCUUGGUUAUCUCUAAGUCGUGUGAAAAUUGUGUUAUGGUUUGGAAACCUGGUGAACUAGAUAGUUCAUCAGGAAGUUCGCCUGUAGUAUGUAGUGAGAGUGGUUCAGGUGGUGCUGUUCAGGUGUUAGAUGGUUUGCGGCUUCCGACUCGGCUAUCUGGGAUUGUCCCUUAUUCAGAAAACCAACUCCAUACACCCGGUGUACUGACAGACCCCAAAGCGAGCGUCAUUCACCGUUUGAAAGCAGAGAAUUGUAACCUAUGGUUUACUCGUUUUGAUUUGGAUCCGAAAAAUCAGAUUCUUGCUUUGGGCACAAGUAGUGGUCCGCCACGCGUGUAUUUGUGGGAUCUAAAGAAUCCUGAGAAAGCAUUCAAUCUGCCACCUAAAGUGCUUCGUCUCCCUCCAAUUAGCAGAGUUGGUCGAGGUGGUUCAUCGUCGAACCAUGUGGCAAUCAGACAAAUACGUUUUGCAAAUGACGGUGAAAUUCUCUUAUGUGUAUGUGAUAAUGGUGUCAUUGUAAGAUUUGAUAGAAUGUAACUUUUGUAUAUGUUUAUUGUCAUCAAUGGUUAGUUUGAAAUGUAUUAAUAAAUCAUACUUUUUUAGGG